GUACACAAAUAAUAAGUACCACUUAUGUUUUUGUUCUUGUUUUAAUACCAUAUUUAUUUUAAUUUCUAUUACGUACUUAAACUGAUUAAUUUUCUUAAAGAAACUAUUAAAAUCAGCAUCGUUCCAAUAUGGGUCGUUACACUGAAAACGAUAUAUUCAAGUUUCUUGAACUUUACAAGAGAAGUGAAUGUUUGUGGCGCUCCAACCACAAGUAUUACCGAAUAAAAUCCAAAAGAAACGAAGCUUAUAUGCGCAUAAGAGAUGCUAUGGGUUUAUCCAGCAUACUAGAAGUCAAACAAAAGAUUAAAUCCUUCCGCGACACAUACGCUUCCGAGAGAACAAAAGUCAGAAGAUCUGCAAUGACAGCAAGACAUGCUUAUGAGGUCUACAAACCGAAAUUACGUUGGUACAAUUUAGCUGAUUCAUUCUUAAAUAAUCCCGAAGGAAUUCUAAGAGUAAAUUGUGCGUUAACUGUUGAGAAUCCUCAUGCUCGGCAUGCAUUCAAUACCCAGAAUGAUGUUCCACCGCAUGAAUCUGAGGCUGUGUAUCCAAACUUACAACAAGCACCUCCAGCGUAUAGAAUGACAAAUGACAAUCCGGCUGCGCAUCAGCAUCAGAUACCUCAUAUUCAUGCACCUGAACGCGAACCUCAUCAUCAACAUCCAACACAUCUCAGGCAACAUCUGCAACCACAGAGACAAAUUCCAUCUAGAUUAAUGCAAAGGAAUGAUUCUGUCUAUCCUCCGGAGAGAGCCGAGACAAGUAAUAUCUCCCAACCUCAAUCGGGGGAAUUUUAUCAUUUCGGGAUGAAUAUUGCUAUGCAAUUGAGCUCUUUGCCCCUUGUGCAAGCUUUAAAUGUACAAACCAAAAUACAGCAAUUGUUGUGCGAGGAACGAAUAGCCCAUGAACAAAGUCGCUAUGAAAUCGUUUAUGAUACAAGUCACUCUGAAUUCGGAAGAACAGGUGAAACAAACUUUUUAGUGGAUAAUCGACAGGGGGAAUAUCAAGAGGAAAGUAUUUCACUUGUAUCAACUCCUAGAGGGGAUGAGGAUAUCAAAGAAGAAUUUUCAAUUGAAGAUGGGUCUGAGAAUAAUAUACCAUCAGGUGGUUUCUGCUAAAAAAAAUAAUCUGAUCUGGAUCACGAGAAAAAUAAAACACGGCUUAGAUUAUAUUAUCUAUAAUGUAAUUUUAAAAUAAAAAAAAAAUCUACAAAAUAAAUUGUGAGUUUAAGGGUUAAAAUAGGCCAGUCACCUUAGAAAAAAAAAUACAUGAAUCAGAAUAGAAAAAGUUACAGAAAAAAACACGAUUGGUUUCACUCAUUCUGAAAACCAAUAAAACAGUUUGAAUCGCUUUCACUCAAUUCUGAAAUUUUAUAUUGGUAUUGGUGCCUUGGUGAUAAUCAAAUAAAAAAUGUUUGCUUUUCCACUUGGAAAUUUGGUUUAACGUUUAUGUAUUUAAAUGUUACCGAUUUUGAGUGUUGAAAUCAAGAAGAGAAUUUCUAUUCUGGGAAGCGUUGGAAAAAUUUCGUUUCGCAAUUUAUGUAACACCCUGGUUUGAAUUGAGAAAGUAAAUAGGGAAAAACGCUUAU